AUGCACCGACUUGGUGAGACACGUUGUGGAGGGGAAUUAGCGGGGUGUGGCAGGCGGGAUCUAAGGAAUAGGGGACGCCAGCAACGGACGGGGUCGGGCCGCGGAAGCGGAAGAACGCCAUUCCCUGAACCGGGCCAAUCAAGAGCAGAGAAAACCGCCGUCAUCCACUUCUCGCGGAUGACGGAAUGCUUCGAUAACACCCCGUUCACGAUAAAAGAACAGACAGUCCAGCCAACAGCACAGAAAAACAACCAUAGGUGUCAUCAUGGACCAGCAACUGAGGUAUCGGCAGCAUAUCGCCAGGGCGGCAACAAAAGGCCUUCAGGCCGCGAUGGUACUGGGACGGCUGCGGGGCCUAACGCCAUCGACCGCGAGGCAACUCUUCACAUCGACGGUGGCACUGGUAGUGGACUGGGCGUCGGACGUCUGGAUGCAUGCCUGUGGUGA